UUUGCCAUUCAGCAGAAACCGAAAAACGAAAGAUAAAAACGCAGCUCAGUUCGCCGAGUGCUCGCUCUUAGCCAGAUUCAGAGAUUGAGGGAGCUGAGCGCAAUGUUUCAAGUUGCGGAGAUUUUGAGAUUUCGAGAGUUGAAACAUUUUCCACCCAUUAAGUUUUUUUUUUAAGGCGCACACCGAGAACGGCUCAGUCUCGAUUGUCAGCUUGUCGUGAAUGGUUUUUUAGCACACACGCGGACCGGGGACCGGAGCUAAAAGUUCGCGCUUAAGUUAUUUAAUAACAACAACAUCGUUUGCACAUACCUCAAUAUCGCCAUAUAUACAUAUAUUUCUAUAUAUAUAUAUAUAUAUACGACAUAACCCGCCGACCGACGUGUGUGUGUGUUGAUAUUCUGUGUUUGCCAGUGUGUUUUUGCCAUUGUUGCCAGGGGUGGGAAGUGGGAAGUGGGAGCUGAUCUGACUGAUUUGUUAUUUUUGCAUAAAUCAAUUUCGAGAGCGCGCGCCAUCAAUUUCCGUGCGCUGAUUCUGUUCUAGAUGAUGUCGCAUGCGCGGCCGGAUCGAGUUCGUGGCCUAAGUCUUUCGUUUGUGUAUUGAGAGGGCAAGCAUAUUUCGCAAAUAUUCCGCACCACCUUCCAUGGCUCUGACGAAUUUCUCGCUGCCCUUCGGUGCCCUGGGUCAGCCGUGGGGAGUCACCCUCGCACCCCUGCAUCCGAUCCACCAGCUGGCCAGCAAUACCAAUAAUCUGCUCUACUCACCGGCGGAUCACCAGCAACAGACUCCGGCAGAGGCAGCUGCCGACCCCGAGUACUUUAAGAACAAUCCCUAUGGGCCACCCCAAUCGGGAGGCUAUCAAUAUCAAAAUACAGCUGGACGCCGUAAGCAGAGUAAUGCCUAUUUACCGCCAACGGCUCCGAAUGCGGUCCGAAAUUCCGUAUACCACAUUCAGCAGGUGCAGCAAACGCAACAGCAACAGCACCAGCAGCAGCAGCAUCAUCACCAGCAGCAACAGGAAAAUGAGAACAGCGUGUCCUUCCAGAGCUCCAGUUCCAGUUCGAGGUCGAGCAGCAGCACGGGCCAAAGUUCCAUUCAGCUGACACAGACGCAUGCGAGUGGCCGGGGUCCAGCAGAGGGUUCGUACAGCCGAUAUCCCGGACAGCAAGCCCAACCGCCGCAGCAGCAACCACAACAACAACAAAAGCAAUAUUUCAAUGCCCAUGGCAGUGCCAGUGCCACUUUUACUAAGAACAGCGGCAGUUUUAGUAUUACCAGCUUUGGCAGCAGGCAGCAACAGCCGCAGCAGAUCCCGUCUCAACAGCCAACACAGCCGCAACAACCACCUCCAUCGCAGCAGCAGCAGGCACCACCACCCCCAAGGUCCAGGGCCUCCAAGCCGGAGGCUCAACCUGCCCAGACCUACGGAGUUGCUCCGCAGGAUAAUUACCCGGAACGAGCCCCGGGCUUUACAAGGGUUCAAGCUGGACAGGGGUCCCGGACUCAGGUGCACGCUGUGCUAGACUAUGAUGUGGAGGAGGGCGAAGAGGAUGAAGAGGAGGAGGGUGAGGAGGAAGGACAGUACUACGAAGGACAAGGGAAAGAUAAGCCGAAUAACAAUCAGAUGCCCACGGUGACGCCCAUCCAGGGACCGAUCUACUUGAAGAACGGGACGGUGCCAGUGGUGCCGCUCUUCUCCUAUCCGAAACUCAACAACGGAUCGUUCCUACAGAUUCCGAUCUGGUGGACGGCUUUGUCGGUGGCUUUGGGACUGGAUGUGCGGGGCGAUGUCAUCAAGGGAGUGCCAUGCAUCAAGCGAUAUCAUCAGCUGUUCUGCCCGACGGCCGGCAACAGUUAUCCCAUUGACAAGAUCGAACGUUUCAUAGACGACAACAAGGCUCUGAUGCGACGGAUGUAUGGAGACUUUGAGAUGAACAUGGAGGGUCCUGGCGGAGGAGGCGGACGCCAGCAGGCCAAGGUACGAAAGCGUCGUUUCAUAGACGAGCCGGAUAUAUUCAUACCGCCAGGAGCAUUUGCUGCCAAUGCUGGCGAGACCGUCGAAGCCGGAGAUAGUUAUUUUGGCCAACUGCGGAAUAAGCGCCAGGCUGCCGCCGGAGGAAGUCGAAAUAGAGGCGGAUCUGCUGGCGGUAGUAGCAAUGGGAAACCUAAUGCCAAUAGGCCACCGGGAAAUGGAAAUAGUAAUUCGGGAACUGGAAGACUUGAUGCCUGCGAGUCGAAGAUAGAAAUUGUCACACCCUAUUGGGCAUCGAACUCGGCGGGAAAGAUCAGGGCCAUUGUGAAUACCCAACAUUUCGAACAGGCCAUCCAUCAAGAGGUCUGCAGUAAUACCCAAACUCCGAGAUGCGAGGGCGAAUGUGGAUGCGAGCAGAAGUACAAAUGGCAUCGCCUGCUGGCCUAUGAUCCCGACAACGAUUGCAAGGGCAUUUUUAUGGAUUGGUUCCUGUUUCCUUCGUGCUGUGUCUGUAGAUGUAAUCCCUAGAUCACCUGACUCUGAGCAAAUAAUAAUAAAAUACGAUUGAUAAAUGUAAUUGAGACAAGUAAUUGUAGGUAGAAUGCCACUGAAUGUAUUUUAGUUGUUGUUAAGUAGACCUUACGUAAGCCCUAAUCGGUAGCUCUAGUUAAGAUCGCUUCCACAUAUAGUUAAGGUGUUAUACGAGCCAUAUGUAUAUCUCUCCACUUUCCCUCCUUCUUCCCCUUCCAUCGACAUGCGAUUAAACUCAACCUCCAUUUUUUUGUUGUACGGUAAUUGUAAACGUAAUUGUAAAACGAUUCAAGUGAAUAAAGUCUAUGCAAAUAUUAUAUACGAAA